AUGGGCUCCGACGUGCGGGACCUGAACGCGCUGCUGCCGGCCGUACCCUCGCUGGGCGGCGGCGGCGGUUGCGCCCUGCCCGUGAGCGGCGCGGCGCAGUGGGCGCCGGUGCUGGACUUUGCGCCCCCGGGCGCCUCAGCUUACGGGUCCUUGGGCGGUCCUGCGCCGCCGCCGGCUCCGCCACCACCCCCACCGCCGCCGCCGCCUCACUCCUUCAUCAAACAGGAGCCGAGCUGGGGAGGCGCGGAGCCGCACGAGGAGCAGUGCUUGAGCGCCUUCACCGUCCACUUCUCUGGCCAGUUUACCGGCACCGCUGGAGCCUGUCGCUACGGACCCUUCGGUCCUCCUCCGCCCAGCCAGGCGUCGUCCGGCCAGGCCAGGAUGUUCCCCAACGCGCCCUACCUGCCCAGCUGCCUCGAGAGCCAGCCCGCUAUUCGCAACCAGGGAUACAGCACGGUAACCUUCGACGGGACGCCCAGCUACGGUCACACGCCCUCGCACCACGCGGCGCAGUUCCCUAACCACUCUUUCAAGCACGAGGACCCCAUGGGCCAGCAGGGCUCGCUGGGGGAGCCGCAGUACUCCGUGCCGCCCCCAGUCUACGGCUGCCACACGCCCACCGACAGCUGCACAGGCAGCCAGGCCCUGCUGCUGAGGACGCCCUACAGCAGUGACAAUUUAUACCAGAUGACCUCCCAACUUGAAUGCAUGACCUGGAAUCAAAUGAACUUAGGAGCCACAUUGAAGGGAGUUGCUGCUGGGAGCUCCAGCUCAGUGAAAUGGACAGAAGGGCAGAGCAACCACGGCACGGGGUACGAGAGUGACAACCAUACCACGCCCAUCCUCUGUGGUGCCCAGUACAGGAUACACACCCACGGCGUCUUCAGGGGCAUUCAGGAUGUGCGGCGUGUGCCUGGAGUGGCCCCGACUCUUGUCCGAUCGGCAUCUGAGACCAGUGAGAAACGCCCCUUCAUGUGUGCUUACCCAGGCUGCAAUAAGAGAUAUUUUAAGCUGUCCCACUUACAGAUGCACAGCCGGAAGCACACCGGUGAGAAACCAUACCAGUGUGACUUCAAGGACUGUGAACGAAGGUUUUCUCGUUCAGACCAGCUCAAAAGACACCAGAGGAGACACACAGGUGUGAAACCAUUCCAGUGUAAAACUUGUCAGCGAAAGUUCUCCCGUUCCGACCACCUGAAGACCCACACCAGGACUCAUACAGAUGAGAAGACUGAGGCACAUAAUGAUGAAAUAACUUUGUUUAAAGUCCCAAAGCUAGUGAGAAGCCCUUCAGCUGUCGGUGGCCCAGUUGUCAGAAAAAGUUUGCCCGGUCAGACGAGUUAG